AUGGGGUGGCAAGAUAGGGGCGAGUCGCUGUCGCCGUCAUCACAAACUCCUCCCAACCUCACAACUCCUAUCCCGUCCCAACAGGAACGACCGCCGGUCCCACGCACGACGAGUGGCCCUUCUACACCUCUGGCUUCUGGCUCAAACGACUACCUGAGUGCCAAUGGCGCUGCUCCAGAGCCCUCGCCAAACUCCCAACCAGAAGCACCGGACUAUUUGAAUGGAGGAUUGCCUCACAUCGAUCCCUCGCCGGUUUCUCCUACCGCCAAUGGAUUUCCUAUUGCUGGAAGCUCAGCAGCGCCGAGAAAGGAUCUUUCACCGAGAAGCGGAAAUGGCGAGCCCAUCACACCGCCAGAACCCAUCUCUCCUGGUCGGCGCAUUGUGCAGUUUGCACGAGCAGAUACCGUCCUAGACCCACCCCCUCCGAUCUCAACAGAACCUACGCGUCAAGACUCGUGGGAUGGCGAUGUCUCUGGUCGCUCUCGGGGUGAGAGAUUCGUUUCUCGCCUCAAGUCAUUGGCUGUUGCUGGCCCAUCACAAACACCCAAGCCAACUGGCUCGUCCGAAACCCCUCUGCCCUCGGCCAGUACAUCACCAACCAUUUCUCGGUCCCACCGCAUACCUACAACGACUGCUGAAGAGGGAAGCGAUGCUGAUGUGGACGAUAGCGAGGAAGAUGAAAUUUCAAGAAACCAGACCAAGCCGUCAAGGCGGAAACGAAUGAAGCAUCGGCUGAAGACACUGGACUUGCGCUCUCAAGGGACCCCCAGGAUUGAUAACGAGGACCUAGACUCACCAGCAGAAGGCCGUUUCCGGACCAUGAUGCGCCGCUCUACCAUGCCGGACCCCACUGAACAACGAGGAGGCUUGUCUGAGGGCGAGGGCCGUGACCACUUGGACCGUCUGCGCCGCGGCAGCUCAUGGCUGGCUAGGUCCCGUCAUGAUCCCGAUAUGGACGUUGACCACUUGGAACCGCGGAUGCCUGGUCACCGGCGGAGGAUUUCUGAUAUACUCGGUGGUGGUGGAGUAUCAGAUGGUGAUGGCCUCGCUACCCCCAGGCGACCACGCUUCGCUUCAGACAGGGCUACCACCUUCGGUGUACAGACAUGGAAGCAGAUCACAAGAACGUUGAAGGCACUAGGUGGAGGUAGAAAACCUGCCGAUGCGUUCGAUUUCAAUAAGUCGGCCGAGCUCAUGGCUGAGCUGCGAGCUGUCACGCCGGCAGUUGUGAUCCUUGCCAGCAUGUUGCAAAGGGACGAGCACGGUUAUAAGCGUAUCCCUGUACUCCUCGAGCAGCUCAAGAUCAAGAUCAUCGACAGUCAGCCGGAUAAGGGCGAAAACGAAAAAGGGAAUAAUGAACGCCAUUCUCUUUUCACCUUCAAAUUGGAAUACGGCAGCGGUCCUAGCCAGAUGAGCUGGACCAUUGAGCGAUCCAUCUACGAAAUUGCCGAUCUCCAUACCCGCUACAGACUGUCACUUGGUGACAAAAACCCACUGCAGACCACGGCAACACUGAAGCAUAAACCAAAGCAACCGCAUUUCCCUCGAUCGGCAUUCCCCUACCUCAGAAAUAUUAGAGGAUUGAAUUUCCUGGAGUCGGACGAUGAAGACAAGGCCACAGAGAACAACAUCGAUGCUAAUCGCAUCGAUGAGAUCGCCGAGGCCACCGCUGGGGAGAUGACUGCUGCAGACGGCACUGCGAGUGAAUUGGACAGGCCGGGGACGGCAAGGAGGAAGCGAUCUCGUAUGAACUUGCUCGGCAUUAGGAGACAGUCUUCCGGCCUCAUGGACACGGUUGAAGGCUCCAGCCUCAAUCCUCAAAAAGCGCUCGCAAAGCAGGAAAGAUAUAUUCGGAAGCAGCGAUCAAAGUUGGAAAAGUAUCUGCAAGAAAUGAUACACUGGCUCAUGUUUCGCGCUGAUGCAAACCGCCUGUGCCGAUUCCUGGAGCUGUCCGCACUUGGUGUACGGCUUGCUGCAGAUGGCUCGUAUCAUGGAAAGGAAUGUUUCCUGCAUAUACAGUCAUCCAAGGGCGUCGACUUUAGACGCGCACUUACCCCAUCCAAGAUUGCUGCCCGGCAUUCGCGCAAGUGGUUCCUAGUCCGAGAAAGCUACAUUGUUGUGGCCGAGUCGCCGUCCACCAUGGAAGUCUACGAUGUCUACCUCGUGGAUCCUAGUUUCCGCAUCGUCAACAAGACCAAUAAGCUUAAGCAGUUUGGCGCGAAGGCCAUUGGCGAUUCCGAUGCCAGCAAGCGCAAGCGCAAAGGAAAGGAGGUUGCAAGGGAUGAACUUGGUCCAGACGAGAUUGUCCAGUCGGGCAAACAUCAUACCCUCAAGAUCUACACGUCAGAGAGAAAGAUCAAGCUCUAUUCUCGUAAGGAAAAGAUCAUGCAGCAGUUUGAAACCUCGGUUCAUAAAAUGUUGAAACAAACCCAGUGGGCUGAGCCGCACCGCUUUGAGAGUUUUGCUCCGGUGAGAAACAAUGUUUUUGCCCAGUGGUUAGUUGAUGGACGAGACUACAUGUGGAUGGUAUCUCGAGCCAUCAGCAUGGCUCAAGAUGUCAUCUACAUUCAUGAUUGGUGGCUGAGCCCAGAGCUUUACAUGCGGAGACCUGCCGUCAUUAGCGAAAAAUGGCGUCUAGAUCGACUCCUCCGAAGAAAGGCCCAGGAAGGCGUCAAAGUUUUUGUAAUUGUGUAUCGGAAUGUCGAGCAGGCUAUUCCCAUCGAUUCCGAGCACACAAAACAUGCCCUCCACAGUCUCCACCCCAACAUUCUGGUUCAGAGAUCACCAAAUCAGUUCAAGAAGAACCAAUUCUUCUACGCCCAUCACGAGAAGAUAUGUAUUGUCGAUCACGAUAUAGCAUUUCUUGGUGGUAUCGAUCUCUGCUUCGGUCGAUGGGAUACUCCCCAACACACCCUUACAGAUGAUCGUCCAACCGGCUACGAACAAGACGGAGAGGCGCCAAAAGACUCCGAUCACUGUCAGCUGUGGCCGGGCAAAGACUACUCAAAUCCUCGCGUUCUGGACUUCUUCAGGCUUAAUCAGCCCUACGAAGAAAUGUACGACCGUAGCAAAAUUCCUCGGAUGCCCUGGCACGAUGUCGCAAUGCAGGUUGUUGGACAACCCGCACGAGACUUGACACGUCAUUUCGUUCAACGCUGGAACUACUUGAGAAGAGAAAGGAACCCCACCCGACCAAUGCCCUUCCUUCUACCUCCCCCAGAUGCGAAACACGAAGACCUCGAGCAUUUGGGGCUUACAGGAACUUGCGAAGUCCAAAUCUUGAGGUCUGCCGGCGAUUGGUCUCUCGGUCUUCCACGCGAUGUGACCGAACAUAGUAUCCUCACGGCCUACAUUAGUCUCAUCAAGCAGUCGGAUCAUUUUGUGUAUAUGGAAAAUCAGUUCUUCAUCACAAGCUGCGAGACUUUGGGCACAAGAGUCGUCAAUGGCAUUGGUGAUGCUCUCGUAGAACGCAUCAUCAGAGCCCACGAAAACGAGGAGGACUGGCGAUGUUGCAUCAUGAUUCCGCUCAUGCCGGGCUUCCAGAACACGGUCAGACAAGACAGCGGCAGCAGUGUUCGCUUGAUCAUGCAGUUCCAGUACCGAAGUAUCUGCAGAGGCCCACACUCGAUUUUCGGUCGUCUGAAAGCCCGUGGUAUUGACCCGGACGACUAUAUUACCUUCUUCAGUCUGAGAAAGUGGGGAGUCAUGCAGAACGGCCACAUAGUAACCGAGCAACUGUAUAUCCACGCCAAGACCAUCAUUGUAGACGACCGUGUCGUUCUCAUUGGUUCCGCCAACAUCAAUGAACGUUCCAUGCUGGGCAACCGAGAUUCCGAGGUUGCUGCCAUCAUUCGUGACACCAAGGACGAGUGGAUCACAAUGGCCGGUGUUCCAUAUCGUGUGGGGGCCUUUGCCCACACAUUGCGAAUGCGCUUGAUGCGAGAGCAUCUUGGUCUUGACGUGGACAAGAUCACUGAGGAGGAACGAGCCGAAUCCAUUGGCACUGAUGCCGAAUAUGAGGCUGAAAUGAACCAGAUAUACCAGGAAUCAGAUGACGAGGAUCCAAACGUGUCGGUAUCUGGCAUCAGGUCGGGAACCGACAUGAACAGCAUCAAUGAUGAUGGCAGGGUACCCGAUCAGGAGCUGACAUCAUCUGCUGAGUCGACCAAGGACAGAUCGCCCAAACGACGGUCUAGAGCUUUGAGCGUUCAACGGCAAUCUCUCAUUAACCGAGCCAAACGUGCAAGUUCUGGGGUGUCAAGCAGAGACAUGCCAGAGCCUGGCAACAAACGGAGCACUGAAAGACUGCCUCCGGCUCCAGAAAUGAUACGCCGGACGACUGCCGAACUUGGACUGACUCGCCUCACUCAACUUCCAACAUUACCUUUGACUGACGAUACUGAUAUCGGAGGCCCGCCACUCCAUCACGAUGCUGAUGGUAACCCGACCUACGAGCAGACAAAUCCCCUGGCUGCAGACAUACAGCCGGCUAUAUUUGACAAGGACAUCAUGCGCGACCCUUUGAAUCCAUCAUUUUGGGAUGACGUUUGGUGUAGAACUGCGGAAAAUAACACAAAGCUCUAUCGUCGUGUCUUCCGAUGUAUGCCAGACAGCGAGGCUCUUUCAUGGAAGGAGUAUGGAGAGUUUGAAGCCUAUCAAGAGCGCUUCAGCGAAAUGAUGACUGGACAGAAGAAGAGUGAAGAGGAGCAUGACGCCAAGUCACAAGUCAGUCAAUCCGGCGGUGGCGCGGGUGCUACAGGCAUCCCGGCACAAGUGUCCACAGAUGAGACUCUUCACGUGGCAGAAAAGAUGGCAGAGAAAGUCAUGCCUGACACGAAUCCGGAAAUCAAGGUUUCAAACGGUGAUGCUGAACUCAAUGAGAAGACGGCAAAUUCUCUGGCCAACCACGAUAAGUCUUCCGAGAGGCUCAAGCUCAGAUUGAAUACAGAGGAUGAGAAAACCAACGGACAAGCUCCCGAUGCCCCUUCCCCUGUCUCGCCAUUCCCAGCAUUUGAGCCUCAAGGUGAGGAGAAUCUGGAGCCGCAGGCUACUGCACAAAGCACCUUGCAACCCCAAAAGAGCCACGAUCGCCGCACCACAUUCUCUUCUGUCGAGAAGCCCACCUCCUCUCAAGGUGGCAGUUCCACCAUCUACACCGCCCCCAACAGCAACGGGCAGCAGGAGUCGGUACGCCGUAGGCGCCGAAACACUACUAAAGGUAGCCGGCGGGCUCCAGUCUUCCCAUACGAAGUCGUCAGCCGAGAAAUGGCUGAAGAACUCUGCAACAUGAUCCAAGGACAUGUUGUCCAAUUUCCAUACGACUGGCUUGAGACUGAGGAAGAAGGCAAUCACUGGUUGUUCCAACCAGACAUGUUGGCUCCCAAGGAGAUCUAG